GAGAGAGAGACUACCCAACCCCAGCAGAACGUAGAGGCGUCAGACGGCCGCCAGAGCAUCCCGGUUACGCACCGUUCAGAGGCCCCCAUCGUCAGAUCGCAGCGCCAGAAACAGCUGAAGUAGAAGUGAACACAGCCGGGCACACGGCCACAGCUACAGUCAGUGAUGGAGAGCCUGCUGGAUAAUCCAAUGAAAGCCGUUCUUUACCUGAAGGAGCUCACCACUAUCGUCCAGAACCAGCAAAGCCUGAUCCAGACGCAGCGCCAACGCAUCGACGAACUCGAGCGGAAGGUGGAGGACCUGAUCGGGGAGAAUCGACUGUUACGGGACCCCCACCACUACGUCCAGCAGCCCGCCGCUCCGCAUCACCACCACCACCACCACCACCCGACUCACCGCAGCGCCAGUCCCCAGGCGCCGGCCCACCUCCAUCAGCACCCGGGGAGCAACAAAGCUGCUGCUCACCUCGGCCAGCAGGCGCAGCAGCAGCAGCAGCAGCAUCAUCAUCAGCCGCCGCCGCCGACGCAGCAACAGCAGCAGCAGCAGCAGCAGCAGCUUCCCGGUCUAUCGGCCCAGCCUCAGCAGCACCCGACCCCCCCUGCGCCGUCCACCCACCACCCUCAGCAGCUGCAGCUCGUCCCCACCUCGCCGCAGUCGCCCAAAACAAGCCAAGCCAGCCCGGACUCCGCCGAGGAGGACAAGAGGAGCCCCUGCUGCAAGUCCUUGGUUCCGCAGACUCCCACCGCUCUCUGCCGCUCAGUUGGACUGGCCAGGAAAGCGGAAAACCAAACAGUGCUACACCAGUUCUGCUGCCCGGCCCCGGAGGCCCCAGAGGGGGAGACUUCGACUGCCUGUGUCCCCAGCGAUGACCUUUCUCCAGACUCGUCUAAGGGGGAGGAAGGGAAGGGAGGAGAGGGGGAGCUGCAGAGUGAGGCCCAGUCACAGCCACAGCCAGAACCACAACCACAACCAGAACCACAGUCCCAGCAACAGCAGCAAGAGGCUCAGCCACAGACUCAACCACCACAGCCCCAGUCUGAGCCCCAACCACAGACUCAGCCCCAGCCCGAAAGCAAACCUCAGCCAGAACCCGAACCCAAACCCCAGCCGGCACCAGAGCCUGAGCCUCAGCCUCAGUCCAAAGUCGAGGCUCCGAGCGAGGAGGCGGCUCAGGAUGUCCCCAAAGCCCCUUCGUCUUGCAGGGAGGAGCAAGCAGCGGGGGAGCAAGAGAAACAAAAGUUGGAAGAUGUUGCAGAGGCAAAGAGAAAGCAAGAGGGAGAGAAGGCCGAGCGGCGUGAGGGCGAGGCAGCUCAGGAGGAAGAGGAGGAGGAAGGGGGAGGAGCUAAAGGAGGUGGGGCGGGGAGGAGAGCCAGCCUGCACCACACGGCCUCGCCCUUGAGGGUGCAGCGCAACGGGGCCGGCUCGCACUCCGCCACCUCCGACUAUGAGCUCUCGCUCGACCUCAAAAAUAAGCAGAUCGAAAUGUUAGAGCACAAAUACGGUGGCCACCUCAUCUCCCGCCGUGCCGCCUGCAAGAUCCAGACCGCCUUCCGCCAGUACCAGCUCAGCAAGAACUUCGAGAAGAUCCGCAAUUCACUGCUGGAGAGUCGCCUGCCUCGACGCAUCUCUCUGCGCAAGGUCCGUGUGCAAAACACGGAGGGUUUCUCUGCUGAACGGGCCCUGGCGGAAGGCUGUAACUUGGCGGGCAUCCCAUUGGUGCGCUCACCGUCUCUGCCUGCCACAGUCGGUGGCACCCUGACUGACCUGGAAGACUCGUUCACCGAACAGGUCCAGUCGCUGGCAAAGUCUAUAGACGACGCGCUCAGCAACUGGAGCCUGAAGACCAUGUGUUCACUGCAAGAAGGCGGCACUUACCAGUUCAGCGCCGACUCCUUCAGUGCGGCGGCAGCAGCGGCAGCCGCUGCAGGAGUAGGAGGUGGGGGAGAGGGUGGUGGUGUGGGGGAGUCGACGAUUCAUCAAGGCCCAGUUGACCCAAGUGACCUGUCAAGAAGUGCGAGCAAGCUGAUGAUGGCGUUUCGAGAUGUGACGGUGCAGAUCGACAGCCAGAACUUCUGUGUUUCAUCCUCGGUCAUGGAGUCGUCUGCCUCUGUCACGCUCGGUAGCUGCAUCCAGCAAGAAGGAGCCUCCGCCACAAUCACAACCACUUCUACAACAACAAACUCCACACCAGUCUCUGCCCCACCUGGCCCUCCACAAGAACCUCCUCCUCCCCCUGCAGAGGUCCCAGCUGAACCCAUAGAUCCCCCACCGCCCCCCCAAGAACCCCCACCACCCCCAGAAUUAGAUCUAGAAGGAGGUGAGCAGGAUGUUGAAUUCCCCGCUCCUCCUCCGAGUGAAGAAGAACUAGGGGAGGUGGAGCAACCUCCGCUAACCCCUCUGGAAAAGAUGGCUGCCCCUCAAAGCCCUGAGAAAAUUGUGGUGGUGGCCCCACCACCCACAGAACCCCCUCAGGCUCCUCAGCCGCGGGAGGCUGUACCGCUUGGGAGCUCUCCUGUGGCAGAACCCCUGGAUGUCAAGAGAUGUGGCUCUGAGACAGCAGAUAACAGCUCAGAGCAGAUGAGCAGCAGCAGCACGUCCACGGAGGCACGCUCCACAUCUGAAGCAUCGUCCAAGGAGGCGCUGCAGGCCAUGAUCCUCAGCCUGCCACGCUACCACUGUGAGAAUCCUGCCAGCUGUAAAUCACCCACACUGUCCACUGAUGUCAUGCGAAAACGCCUCUACCGCAUUGGCCUCAACCUCUUCAAUGUAAAUCCUGACAAAGGCCUUCAGUUCCUGAUCUCACGCGGCUUCAUCCCAGACACACCCAUCGGCGUGGCUCACUUCCUGCUGCAGAGGAAAGGCCUCAGUCGACAGAUGAUCGGAGAGUUCCUUGGCAACAGCAAGAAGCCCUUCAACAGAGAUGUACUAGACUGUGUGGUGGAUGAGAUGGACUUUUCGGGCAUGGAGCUUGAUGAAGCACUGAGAAAGUUUCAAGCCCACAUUCGUGUCCAGGGAGAAGCCCAGAAGGUGGAACGUCUUAUCGAGGCCUUCAGCCAGCGCUACUGCAUGUGCAACCCCGACGUGGUGCAGCAGUUUCACAACCCAGACACCAUCUUCAUCCUGGCCUUCGCCAUCAUUCUGCUCAACACCGACAUGUACAGUCCCAACAUUAAGCCCGACCGCAAGAUGUUGCUGGAGGACUUCAUACGCAACCUGCGAGGUGUGGAUGAUGGAGCAGAUAUCCCAAGAGACAUGGUGGUGGGAAUCUAUGAAAGAAUACAACAGAGGGAGUUACGCUCCAACGAAGACCACGUCACCUACGUCUCCAAGGUUGAGCAGUCCAUUGUAGGCAUGAAAACGGUUCUCUCUGUCCCUCACAGAAGAUUGGUGUGCUGUAGUCGACUUUUUGAGGUGACAGACGUCAACAAGGCGCAAAAACAAGCAGCACACCAGAGAGAAGUCUUCCUCUUCAAUGAUUUAAUUGUGAUCUUGAAGCUUUGUCCAAAGAAGAAGAGUUCUGCAGCCUAUACUUUCUGCAAAGCAAUGGGUCUACUUGGCAUGCAGUUCCACCUGUUUGAAAAUGAAUACUAUCCUCAUGGGAUCACCAUCCUCUCGCCUUUUGGCUCAGACAAGAAGCAGGUACUUAACUUCUGUGCCCAAAGUGCUGAGGAGCUGCUCAAGUUUGUGGAGGACCUGAAGGAAUCAAUCGCGGAGGUGUCGGAGAUGGAGCAGAUACGCAUUGAAUGGGAGCUGGAAAAGCAGCAGGGAGCCAAGACCCACUCGGUAAAGAACAACGGCACACAGCUAGAGCUUCGUGGCAAACAGGGCUCCCCAUCAGGAAACCAGGAGGUAGAUGACAGAAGCGGACACAAUGCAGUAGAGGUGUCAAUUCACAACAGGCUUCAGACGUACCAGCUCAGCAGCAGCACGGCUCGGAGCCCCGAGAGCGUGGCCCUUCUUAACCACCGGGGGGAGCUGCUUUUCCAGCAGGGGCCCCAGGGGCUAAUCCAGGGGCCGGCGCCUCCACCUCAGCACCCGCAGCUGCAGUCAGCGGCGAGCACCCCCGCCCACCACCUCCACCUCCAGCAGCACCACCAGCCCGCUGUCAGCAUGUCUGAUCUGCGGCCCGAGACACUCAUCCAGUGUCAGCAGAUCGUCAAGGUCAUCAUGCUCGACAACAGUGGCCACGGACGCAUGGAGGCCUUCCUCAGCCAAACACCCACACACCACCACUACCAGCACCACCACCACAGCCACCACCAGCUCAGUCAGUCGGCCAUGUCCACCCCGGUCCGCUCGCCAGACGGCUCCCACGGCAGCGACGGCCACCAGCCCCCGCUGCCUCCCCCACCUCCGCCUUAUAACCACCCACACCAGUAUAUACCACCAGACCCCCGCCUCAGUCUACACCGGACCCCAAGUGGCUCUCGGAGCAUGGUGUAAAUAAAUAAAUUAGUAUUAUUUCCCUAAAACACACACACUUCCAUUAACUCUACCCCUUCUCUACCUAUUUAACAGUACAUAAUGUACAUAUAUACAUAAUGAAGAAAGAGCUAUAAUGAAAUAAAAUAAAUCACACUUAUAUGCAUAUAUUUAAGGAAAAAAAACUAAAGGAAAAAUCAAGGUUUUAAAAGAGAUAAGGAGAAAUAAAGUGCAUAUAUAAAGUUUUACUUGAUUCCACAUGUAUUUUGAAAUAUUAUGUAGUUUUAACAAAUUUCUAUAACUUUUUGUCAGUUUUAACUCUUGCUAGAGAAAAACUCACAUAUCGAGUUUCUGGAUGGAUUCCUUGUAGUUCCAGUAUCGACCACCACCGACGACGACAACAGAAAUACGUGAAUCCCUCAAACUUCUGCUUUUUUUGGAGGGAGGGGGGUAGGGGAUUGCUCCAGUUAUGGAUGGACACGUUCCAAAGACCUUUCCGCUUCUGUUCGCUUUUAUCAUCCCAAAGCUCAUGCCUAAUGUGCUGUAUGUGCGCGUGCGUGCAUAGCUGACACUUAAAACGUGUGCCAAAAUACAUACGCCUCCACUAAAACACUUGACUUCAUUGCACUCGACUAAACGCUAGGGCUAGAAGAAAAGAUGAAGAUGAAAUAAAAAAAAGAAAACAAAACUCCUCCUUUUGCUUUGAGAAAAUAGUCCUUUCACGCUUCUCCCUCAAGGAGCAUAAAAAAAAGAAUAACAAAACUGAUAUUUCAUAAAAAGCUAUCUCCCCAUUUGCGCUGUUGCUGAUUUAUUUAUGUGACGGAGAGCCUCCUCUCUUCUUCUCUGCUCCCCUGGAUAAAAAAAAAGAGAGAAAAAAACGACAUCCUCCGAUAAGCUGUGUUUGUCAUCCACUCCUCUGUUGUGUUGUGGCUCUCUAUCAUCAGAAAACACUCUCACUUCAGUUGUCACUCUCCAUAGAUCACUCCACAGUGAAAGAUGACAGGAAACAAAGGCAACCAAUCACGUGGAUCGUUGCCAAACCAAAAAGCCAACCCCGGAUGGUUCUGUUGAUUUGUUGUUUGUCUUUUACUCUUCAUAUUUAAUGUUGUUAACACUUCCCAGGAAUUCUUGCCACACUUCUCUGCAGAUGGAGGUAACGUUUUAUGCGUAUUUUAAAAUCGUUUGAGCUGCUGAAACUGCUCUCUGACUUUUCUAAAAAAAACACGAGUCAGCAUUCAUGUGUAGUAUAUGUACAACGCGCUGUGCAGUCAUCUGUUGUUUAUGAAAUGCUUCUUCACUUUUUCAGGAAAUCGCCACGAAUUUCCAUGAAGAUGCUUCUGCUACAACUGUUAAAUGUCAAGAUCUGUGUUUAUUUUAAUUUGUGCAAAGCAUAUUCCACUUCUGUGUGUUUGUGUGUUUGGUCGGUGGAUAAAUGCAGGACUGAGUCCACCCACAAGACGUCCAGAUGCUGUCUCUUUAUGUCGGUACAACUCCCAGGUUUUGUUUCAGCUCCUUGUGACUGUUUUCUCUUCCCUCCUAACCUUUCAGUCUGACAUUUUCAAAAAGGCAAAAACUACAGAGGCACACACACACACACAUACACAUACACACAGCUUACAUUGCAAAUGCUGGCAUAAAUGGUAUUGUUUGUGCUGUUGGCUAGCCUGCUUUAAAUAAGAAUGGGACAAAAAGAAUGCAUUAUCUGAUCUCUUUCUCUUUUCACCCAAGCCUAGAUUGUAAAUAUCACAUUCAAGCAGUGUCAGAAAGGACAAGCAAGCUACCUUUAGCCCCUUCAAAAUGCUAUUGCCCUGUCACGCAUCCUUCAUUCCGAAAUAGGUCAGCGACUGCCCCAGCCUGAAAGCGUCCAUCUUUUAAACAUAAGCCCCAUCAGGUACUGUGCGGAAUGGAUGUUCGGUUAACUCUGCUCCCAUCUGACCCCCAUCUGUCUGAUUUGUUGAUUUAUAAUCACAGAGCCACUGCAGGGAGGUCUCUAUCUCAUCUUUUCCGUCCUUUUCCACUCACGAUUUCACCACAGUGGAAAGACAGAGGGUGAGGGGGAAAAAAAAUCUGUUGUUCUGGCAGAGAUGAUGAGUGUGUGAGUGUGUGUCGUGUGUGUGUGUGUGUGCGUGCGUGACCUGUAACAUCCUAAUUUUCCAGUAAACAAAUCCAACCUCUCUUCUGUUCAUCCCAGUAAUUGUUUUUAUUAUUAUUAUAUAACACAAUAAGAAGAAGUAGUGCUUUCAAAAUGAAUGAGGAGCUAUUAUGAUUAUUGUCAUAUUUUUACUGGCUAUAAACAAACUCUUGAAGGUUACGUAAUAAAUUUUAGCACAUGACAUCAUCAUAAAAGUUCUACUAUUAUGGAUUUUACUUUGAUGGAUGAUGAUUGUAUGAUUCUUCAUUUAUUUCUUUAAAUCAACUCUCAGAUAUAAUGUUAUUCUUUUCUCAUGCAUGACAUCAGUUUGAGGCCUAUUGAGCUCUGAUUCCCAAGAGACUUGAAAUUUUUUGUGCAUGACUGAAUUUGCUGUGAGCACAUUAGUCAGAGGUGAGGAUGACGAAAUAAUGAAAUGAAAAUGUUUAUUUAUGAUAGCAAACACCCCUUAAAAAAGAAAAUGGAUAUGUUUCUGUACCUCAUAGUGGCAAAUUAGACAAACCGUGGCCAUUUUUGUUCCCCUGUCUUUCACUACCCUUUGUAUGACUGCACAGUUUUUCCUACUUGAACAAUGUGUUUAAGCAUUUCGGGAGGUAGACAUGCUGUGUGUGCAAUAACCAGACAUAUGAUGCACACUGAAAAAUCACAGGUUUAUAUGUGAAAGGAAACCAAUGUAGCAUUUCUGGAGUGCAGCAUAUGAUGUGGAAACGCAGUAGUGGCUAACUUUCAUGAAGAAACUGAUUUUUUAAAAAAGGGCUCUGCCAUACCAGUGCACUGCUUCAUGAAUGACACGUGAAUCUUGUCUGGCUCUUCAACACUGUUUGCUCAUACUAGUUUAAAAAGAAUUAACAAAAAAGUGCACAUAUUUAGGAAUGGACAGGUGGAAACUGAGUGUAACAGAUACGAUCCAUCACUUCCCUCAGUUGACUUUGAAUCCCUCUCUGUCUUUGCAGUAUAUCAACAUGCUAUUAAAGAUGAUUUAAGUCUAUUCA